AUGGCCGGCGAACAAUCCAAUCCGCGUAAUGGUUAUCUAUUACCUGAGGCUUGCCAGGGUAAGUCCGUAAGUGAACUAAUGACGAGCGUAUUCUUCAUGAGUGAGGAACGGUGGAAUGAGUCUCGCGAACACGGUAACUUUGAUUAUGUUGUCAUUGGGUCAUCGUUUUGUUCUUGGGCCUUUACUCAACGCAUGUUGGAGAAGAAUCCAAAAGCGAAGAUCCUUAUCCUCGAGCGCGGCGAAUAUUAUUAUCUAGAGCACUUUGAAAACCUUCCACCUUCGUAUAAAAGGAAGUUGACAUAUGAAUCAAAAACACGUCACUGGAAUAGAACAAAAAAAAUGCGAACGGAGGAAUACAUUGAAGAGCAGGAUGGGAUAAAUAACGUCUUUGGUGGCCAGUCAGCCUUUUGGCGUGGUUGGUGUCCCCAACCGACUAGAGAAGACCUGGUUGGUUGGCCAGAGGGUGUCAAGGACAUUAUCGAUGAAUAUUUUCCCCAAGCAGUAGAGCUCCUGAAUGUCGUGUCUGCAGAUCAGAUCUGUAAUAUGAAUGAGCAAAUAUGCUGCAAAAGUGACGACCACCAUUAUUUAUUUGGCGAACUUCAAACCGUUCUUAUGGAAAAGAUUAAUAAAUCGCGUCUACCUGAAGGAGUUAAAAGGGUUGAUCAUGCCUCGCUUGCUGUUAGGGCAGAUAAGCACAGGUAUUUAAAUAAUUUAGUUAGCUUUUGUAUUUGUUUUAUCAUUUCGCUAACAGGCCCGGACAUGCCAAUUUCAUUAGUUGACAGGCCCAGACAGGCAGACGUACCAAUUUCGUUAGCCAUUAUACGUUCGAUUCACAUGUUGCGUACAUGCAUUCUGAUUCUAUAAGACAAAGAAUAAUAGUAUAUCUCGAUAAUAAUCUAAAUAGCUGGCCUAAAAAUUUUUGGCAAGAAAAAUGUUGUGCUUUGUCUUUGUUUACAAAUCACACAGCUCUCCAUGGCAAUAAGGGCUCAAUGCGUGAGAAAACUUUGUUGCUGUCAGUGUUUAUUAAUCUGUGCAGUUUGUUUAGGCGAUAUUUUAAAAAGUUCCGCAUACUGUAACUUCACGAAGUUUUCGCCAAGUUCUUGUAGUUUCUACAAACAAUCGGUGUAAAGUGCACGAGCGUAUGUUAUUAGACUAAGAGAAAUUUAGAUUUUCAAAAUGUCAGCCUGACUACAGACUGAAUCAAUGGCCCAGCUAGCCAUAGCAACAGGUGACGCUGUUGUCACUUUCUCGACAGGUGCUAAUUAA